AUAUGGCUGCUCUAUGUAAUUGGCUGCUGCACUGUUGGGAUUUGGAUUAUAACGACUAAAACAUGUUAUAAUACUAAAACAUGAAUAAGUUAAAAAGGAUGGAGAGACAGUUGAAUUAGAAGAAAAUGGUUUUAAUGUUAUGGUUACAAAUCGUACUGGUCAUAUCAGCAUGUAUAGCAUAUGAUAUGAAAUGUCCAGUAACCAGACAAUGGCAGUAUAGAGCAAAAAGUUUUUGCACGAAUGAGACAAAAUAUGUAUGUUUAUUUCAUGAAAUGAAGGGAAGUUACGAGGAAAGGUGCAUAGGACCUGAUGGAAUCCAAAGAGGUUUUAAACUGGUACUUAGACCAAAUGUAUUAAACAGUCAAUGUGACAUUAAUCGUUACCAGCCGAUUCCAUUCUUGACAACAGAAAACAGUGAUUGUGUUUAUCGAAAAUCCGUUUGCAACGAUGAAGGACUGAUUGUUCACAACAUAGGAACAAAUGCAAGUGACAUAACUUGUCGUUGUGAUUAUCAAAGAGGAUAUACCUUUGUAAUUAAACCAAAGAACAUUUGCUACUGUCUGCCAUCAGAAGAAGAUUGUUCCUGUUUUCUUAUAACAUGUGCAAAAUUAACAUCAGAUUAUGCAUGUUUGCAAAACGAAGAGCUUUCCUUAGGACGAAAAUGCCCUACUAUAUCCAAUAACUUAACUCAAUUAGACAAAGAAGUAGAAACAGUCUUUUACAAAGAGGAAAACGAUUUAAAGCCAACGGAUUCCGAUAUGACUUCAUGUAUAAUAAUUUCAAGUUUGAUUGUCGUGUUUAUAAUAUCAACAGGUAUUGCUAUUGCAGUGGUAGAUGGCCGAUUUGUAAUAUGUGUGAAAGAUGAAAAGAAUGAAACACAGUCGGAUUCGCAGUCUUACUUAGUUGAGAAACAACAUAUGAAGCAACAACCAGAGAAUAGUUUUGAAUCAGAAAAAAAUGGAACGAAAGAAAUACAAUCGGAUACACAGUCUCCUUCGGUCGAUGAAAAGAUUGAAAGCCAUUCGAAUGCACAAUCUCCUUCAUUCGAUCAAUAUUACCGACAAACUUCACAAGGUAGUGUUAAAGAAUCUACACAAAAGAAAUUUAUGAAGACGAGUUUAGAAGUCUGGGAAAAGAUGGAUGGGUUUUACUUUGAGACAAGCAUGUUUCCAUUGGUGAUGGAUGCCUUGGAAACUUCGAAUUGUGUAACUUUAAUUGGAGCGUCAGGGGAAGGGAAAACUGUCAGUGCAAUACAUGCAGCCCUUCAAUACAGACAAAAAUCUCCUUCAUUUGAAGUUUUAGAAAUUUUCAAUCCAAAUGAACUUAUUAAAUCAAUUGAUGUGGAUAAACAACAGUUUUUUCUCGUCAAUGAUCCACUGGGUAAGCAGUGUUUGAACGAAAGUUCUCUAGGUGACUGGGUUCAAAUGUCUAAAAGACUUAAAGACGUUCUAGCUGGUGGACAUAUAAAAAUAGUAUCCACCAUUAGAAAACCUUUAUUCAAGAAAAAUGAAAUCCGGAUAAAGGAAACUAUUUUUAGAGAAUAUAUUAUUGAUUUUUCAUCAGAAAUGAAUCGUCUUUCAAUAAAAGAUAAGAACGGCAUCUUAGCAAAAUCUAUCAAACAUACUGGAAAACACUUAGACUGUAAGAUAAAGAACAAAAUGACAACUGAUACGUAUCAUCCCGGAUUCCCACUUUUUUGCCACCUCAUAUGCUCAAAUCCACAUCGCUAUAGACAUGAUACAGUCGAUCCUUGUUCUGUUCUCAUAGAAGAGUUAAAAGAGUUUUUGACUGUGGAAAGUUUCCAUUAUUGCUGUAUUGUGUUAGCCUUUAUGCAUGACAACGUAUUUGAUAUUAAUGAUUUAACUGCUUGCGAAGAUAUCGAGUUCUCAGGAUCUGAUAUUACAGACACAAAAAAAAUCCUUAGCAUUAUAAAAUCGUGUCAGAUCAAAACGGACGACAAGGAUUGUUUUGAAAAAUUGAAGAGCGGAUUCGAAGCUCUUUCAGGUGCUUACUUCAUCAACAAUAAUCCAGUUUAUAAAAUUUUACACGAUAGCAUCACUAGCGCAGUGGCAUACACUUAUGGAAUGGCUAAUAUUGUGAAGAUUCUUAAAUAUAGUGGUUCAUCAAUCAUAAGAGAAUAUGUCCGAACUAAGCAAUCGAAAAAGGAUGACGAUAACAUGAUUAUUGAAAUAAUCGUAAGUUCUAAAUUUCAAAGAAUGCUAGCAAAUAGGUUUAUUCAAGACAUUGAAUUGGGAGAUUCUGCAAACGUUUUCUUAAAUCCUUCUUUUAUUGACGAAGAAUUUCAGAGCAUGUUUCUUAAAGAAUUGAUGUCAAUGGACAAAUCUAAAAUGCUUAAAAUAAUGUCAACGACUUCCCAUGAAGUAAGUCAACAGCUUAAAGAUAUCAGAGAAUAUACAAAAUUUGCCUUAGAUGUCGCAAUUUUAUCAGCAGCACCAGUUCAUUGGUUGUGUAGACUAGGACUUUGCGAAAUACUAAAAGCAGUUCUUUCGAAAACUGAGGAUAAACUGAAAUUUUUAAAUGAAUUAAAAGUUCACACAACACCUUUGCACUUUGCAGCAGGAUAUGGUAAGAUAGACGUCGUUAGAUAUCUAAUAUCGAUAGAUGUUGAUAUCAAUGUGAAAUCACAACUACAAAUGUUAGAAAAUCCUAAAAUAGGAGAGUACUUCUCCGGGUUUCCACCACUAUUAUAUGCAGCAAGACAAAACCAUCCAGAUGUGGUUGAAUAUAUGCUGCAACAUGGGGCGAACCCAAAUUUAGUCAGAGACCACGGUGGUUCACCAAUGCUACUUGCCGCUGAUAGAGGUCAUACUGAAGUAAUCAAACAUCUCUUGAAAUACCAUGGUGACCCAAACCUCUAUUGUGAUCACGGAACUACACCAAUAAUACUUGCAGCACAGGGUGGUCAUUUGGAGAGUCUAACUGCUUUGAUAGACGGGAAAGCCGAUUUAAACUGGCAAAGAUUUGAAAGUGAAGGAAAAAUUUCAGCUCUUUUGGCCGCUGCAAAAAAUGGACAUAUGAAAUGUGUUGAAGUUUUGAUCAACCGUGGUGCCGAUAUAGAAUUAAGUGAUGUAAAUGGAUCAUCACCCUUACUGCUUGCCAUUCAAAACCACCAUUUUGAUACAGCUAGAGCUUUAUUCAAACUAGGGGCUAGCAUUAAUGCUGUAAAUAAUAGUGAGGAAUCUCCAUUACAAUUCGCUAAAUUAUCAAAACUAGACUUUAACGAAGAUGCAUGAUAAUAAAUCUCAAUCUGUUAUCAUAACAUACUUUUCAAAAUAUACUGAUCAAAGAGUUGGAGCUUCGUUAUUUUGCCUCUGAUUUCGUUGAUGUUUACAUUGACAACGGCACGUACGCCCUUAGUUUCUAACGAUAAUUUUCUAUCUCUAGCGAGUAGCAUGAUAUGAAAAAAUAUUACAAAAAUCUUCUACAUCAUAAGUAGUCAAUUGUGAUUAGAAUAUGUCAUGCUCUUCUUUGUAGUAAUUCUGGAUAAGUUGUAAAUGAAUUAAGACUGACCGAUACAGAUCUAUAUCUUGAGAUUAAUUAACUUUGUUACACUUGUAUAAAGAAAAUAACGACUUGCUA